GUCGUCACGCCCAGUUGCGCGUUCCCGGGAAUUUCCGUUUUCCUUCUUGAAGAGUGAAGCGAGUGCAUGUGUGUGCGAAGCUUUGCCUUGUCAUUGUAUCCAGAGAGAAACGCGUGGUCAGCGGCACCACCGACAGCUCCACUGCAGCCCAACUGGUACAUGGUGGUGUGUGAAGUCAGACUUUAAGCCAGACAUGGAUGCUGAAAAGAGUGGUGAGGUUUUAGAUGUGCCAGAGACUCCAAAGCAAGAGGAGACUGAAAUGGAAAAAGAAGUUGUGUCAAAAUUGGAGACACCAGAGGAAUUCACGGAGCCUGAGAAACCACCAGCUGUUGACGAAGAGGCCGAGCAGCUGGCAGUGAACGGCCAUGACGCAGACGUCGGGCACUUGAAAGAAACAGAAGAGUUGAUUGUGACAGAAAAUGUUACGCCAACUGAGGGAAAAAUGGAGAUUGAGGACCGCUUGCCCAGAGAGAAUCUGAAAUGGAGUCAGAGGCUGGUGCGGUGGCAGAACCAGAUGAGUCAUCUGAAAAGAUCUUUGACCCAGUUGCAGCUUUAGACGCAGAACCAAAAAGCAUCCAGCCUGUGCCAGAGAAUGACCCAGAACCUUUGCCUGUGCAAACACCUCUGGCAGAGAGUGACCCUGAACCAGAGAAGUUGGCAGAAUCAGUUCCACAAGAGCAAACAUUACCUGAACCAACCGCGCUGCAGCCGCCAGGAGAGACUCAGCCCCCCAGCGAAGAGAAGAACGUGUCAGAAGAAGGGGGAACUGAGGCAGAGUUGCAGAUUAGCAUGAAUACUGGCGCUGAAGAUGAGGUGGUGGGAAAAGAUGUCGCACCAGAGGCUCCGAAAGAGGUGGAAGAAGAAAAGCCAGCAGAGGCUGUGACAUUGAAGGAAGAGGCAUCUGCUGAAGUUGGAAGUGUGAAACCUGCAGAGGACCAGAAGGAAGGGGAACCAGAAAAAGUGGAGUCUGAAACUCUGAAGGACGCUGAAGCGGCAGGAGGUGAUUGUGUUAAAUCUGAGAAGAAUGAUGCCAAGCUUCAGAAGGAAGAGGAUACGGUCCCUGCGUCUGGCUCCCUGUCCUUCGCCCUGCUGGACCGAGAGCAGACCAGAGACGCUCUGCGAACCUCUCGUACCCUUGUUGUCCUCAGAGGCCUUCCAGGAAGUGGUAAAAGCUUCUUGGCACGUGCCAUAGCUGACGUCUACAAAGACCACUGCUCUGUCAUCUGUGCUGAUGACCACGGUGUAAAGCCAGAGAAUCCAGAAUCCUCUGCGGACGGGUACAAGGCUCUGGACGAGGCUGUGGUGGCCUGCUGCAGUGCAGGAACCACCUCCUCUGUGCUGAUGGUGGUGGAUGACACCAACCACACCCAGGACCGGCUGGCCCGCCUGGGGGAGAUUGCCGAGCAACACAACUUCGUCGCAGUCUUUUUGGAGCCACUUACUGAAUGGAGCAGAGAUCCGGCACAGCUGACCAAGAAGACCGGGCGUGGACUGCAGGAGGCCCAACUGGAAGCCAUGAGGGGUCCACUUGAGGAAAUGUCCCUUCCUCUUUUCUUUGGCUGGUUUCUUCUGUCCUCCGCCCGGGACAAGGUCAGGUGCACAUCAAUGGACUUCCUGAAAACACUGGACACCUUGGAUGCCUUCAAGAAACACUUGAGUGACUUCACUGGGAAAGCGGAGAAGGAGGUGGAUUUGGAGCAAUACUUUCAGUCCAAAGGAACCCUCCUCCAUUGCACUACCAAAUUCUGUAACUAUGGAAAAGCAGAGGGUGCCAAAGAGUACGUGCAGAAUCCAACGGUUAAAGAUUUGUAUGGUUCUGCCUUCGAGCUGUCACUGAGUGCCCUCUUUGUGACUCCUCGCACUGUUGGUGCCAGAGUGUCCCUCACCGAGGAGCAGCUUCUGCUGUGGCCAGCUGAUGCCGAAAAGGAGUCCGAGUCUGCCUCCCUGCCACGGGGAAGCCGCGCCCACAUCACUCUAGGAUGUGCCGAGAAUGUUGAGCCAGUUCAGACGGGCGUGGAUCUGCUGGAGAUCCUGGCCCUGCAGCAGGAAGGCCAGCGGGGGGAGCUCAUCGAGGAGAUGGAGCUCGGCUCGCUGACCUACUAUGGCGAGGGAAGGUGGCUGCUCACUCUCAGAGAGCCUAUCUGCUCCCCAGCCUGCUUCUCCAGCGUCUACGGGCGCAAGGAGAUCGAGCCGACCAAAAAAGAACCCGAGAAGAAAAAGAAGCAGAAGUGCAACAUACUGUAAAUGGCAAAUAUGGGGAUGUGUGGCCGGGAUGACUGGUGAAUUUAAAACUUAGGCUUACUCUGUGCAAGGUUUGUGUGUUUGUGCAGCGUUUAGGGUUUCAGUUAUAGCCACCCUAAAGCCACAAGCUGUGUGCCUUUUUUUACUGUUGAUUUGCACCACAACCCAAGAUGCCUUCAGUCCAAUUAGGCUUGUUGUCAGCGUAGUUCAGUAUCUUGUGUCACAUGUCUGUUGCAGUACCUGGCUACAUGCUGAGGUGUUAGCUGCAGUUUUAGACUAAGCUAGUGUGUAGCCUCCUCCCACAGCUCCAGUUAUCUACAACUUUAGAUUUCCUCUUCCACACAUGUCAGUGUCCCUCAGUGUUCAGAUGUGAAAAAAUUCGGUACUUUCUUUGCAUGCAUCCCAGAUUAAUGGUAUCGGCAUAGUAGCACAUUUCUGCCCUGCUAUAAGUACCUCUGCCGCUUCAACAGACUGUCUCUGCUGUUUCCUUUUGGCUUAGUUGUAAGUUAAAAAAAAAAAAAAAAGAUUGAUGAUCAUUUCCGUUUAAGUGUGUGCGCUGCCUAGGAAGUGUUUCAAUCGCAUAUGGGCCAAAGUUAUCUAUUUGAUUAAGUGUAUUAGAAUGAAUGUCAUUGAUAGAGGUCCUUCCUUGUUAAAAUCUUUGCAUCGUGCAUAGUUUGACACAGAAUGCUGAUGAAUUUGCCGUUUGUUUCAGCAGCUUGCACUUAAUACUUAUCAAAUGCUGUGAAUCCAAGUUCAUGUUUUGCAAUCUUUUCUACUGCGCAAGACUGCACCAUUGUUCUCUUUUAUUCUCUUUGAACAACACUUCCAUGUAUUGCAUUUCGAUUUGUAUCCUCUGUGACUGUAAUUUUUGAAGGGCAGUUCCUACUUGUGUAGCUCUUAUGAAUCACUAUUUUUGCACUUGUUUUGUACACUUAAUAAAAAAGAACAUGCUUUGCUCCA